CCUCUUUGCCUGCGACAUGCAGCUCACCUUCUCCCUGUCCUGGCUGAGCCUUGAAGAAAGUCAACUGCAGCGAUUUGUGUUGCUCGUCAUGCGGAGCAGGCUGCCUCUGUCUUUCACGAUAUUGUUCCUCGCGUUUGUGUGCGCGGACACGGUGCGGCAGUCAGCCACCUCAGUCCAGGCGAUCCUGCAGUCCAUCAACAACUUUUUUUUCGGCUACUCCAUGCUGCAGUGUGUACUUGUGGGCCGCCACCCGCGGCUCUGGGUCCUGAUGCGCGAGUUAAGGAGCCUGGUCCAGGCGAUAAAGGCUGAUCCGGGAGAAAAGCCGUGGGUGGUACACACGAGACGGACCAGCGUUGUGCUGUCCGCGAUCAGCACAACCUACGUCGUUGUCUUCUACGUCCACAUGUGCCAGGACACGCUGUUCUCCGAGGAGCCUUUCGUGCCACUGUGGCCGUUCGUGCCUUACGCUGGUGCCUGGGGCGCGCUCUUCGGCCGGCUCUUCUACGGCGCCUGUAUGCUCGUGUGGAUCCCAACCUCCGUGUGCGUCAUCAUCGCCCUGAUCCUGUCGCUCGCCGUUCCCGCCGGGCUGCACCACGCCCUGGCACAGCGGCUCAGGGUGACGGACGCCCCCGGCAGGACGCUGGACGUGGUGCAGGACGUGGUCGCCAAGCAUCAGCGGCUGCGCCUCGUCACCCACGGCCUGACCCGCUACUUCUCGGCCAAGCUGGCGCACAUACAGAUCGCCUCCUUCCUCACCACAAUCUUCGCCUUCAUCAGCGUGAUUUGUGGCGACGUGAACUUCACGACGGCUAUUUUCCUGCUUCCCAUCCUCAACGACUUCCUCCAGUUCUCGUACCUCAGCCAGGAGCUCUCCGACUCGAGCGCCUCUUUGGCAAGGUCCGCCUACCACGCUGCCACCGGCGGUAGCGUGAGCCUACCGGAGGCCCGCGCGCUCGCCCUCGUCAUGAUGACCGCCAGCGCCACCCCCGCCCUGCGCUGCAGGGGAGUGGGGCGGCUCAGCCUCGCCACAGCGGGGAAGGCCAUGAGCAAGCUGUGGAAGGUAAUCAGCCUGCUGCGCGACAAGCUUUAACGGCCGUUGUAUACCGCAGGCCCGGACUAGUCCACCUCUAGUCGUCUCUAGUGAGCUAGUGAUCCGCCUGAACCUGAGCAAUAGGACAUUCGAUCUCAAAAAUCCCUGAGCGCGUAGACAAUUAAACUAUUUAUCGCCACCCCUCUCAGCGGUAUGAAUGCUAGGAAAAAUGAAAUAAAAAGAGGAAAGGGAAACGUUCUUAUCAUUUUGCUAAUAUAAAAGUGAUGUGUCAUGACAGUGCAAGACCAGUACUUGGUAAAACAACAACACAAAAUAGUUCAUAAGUAGCUUGUUUUUUAGCAGAUGAUACUUUAAAAACAUUUUGACUAAACAUAAAGAAUAUAUAAGAAACUUUAACACUAGAAGGACCGGGAUUUUCGUAUACCUAGAAGGACCGGAGGGGUCAUUUUGACCCCUCUACGAUUUUUGGCCGUUUUCAUGGCUUCAAGACUUCCGUUUUAUCGCACAUGAUUAAGGUUUUGUGUGUUUAAAGGUACCU